GGAGGAGGAGGGCGAGGGAGGGGCCGGCUGUGCAAACAGGAGCCGAGCGAGCCCCGCCGGGCAGGACGGAGGCGAGGCUGGCAGGAGCAGCGCGCAGCACCAGCCCGGGCGGACGCCUGAGCGCGCCCCGCCGCACCGAGAGCAGCAGGCGGGCGGGCAGGCAGGUGGGUGGCCGGCGACCAGCCAGCCCCACCCGACCCAGGCGACCCAAGGGCCCGAUCCUGGGCACGUCUCCGCCCCCCACCCCGCGGCGAGUCUGCUUACUCCCAAGUCGCCGUGCCGUGGAGGGUUGCAGGCAGCCCGAGGCGGGGCGGCAGCAGCUUUACUCUCGAGUAAGCUCAUAAGGAACGGCGUGUCGUGUCGGACAAAGCAGCGGAGCGGAGGUUUCCUUCCCUGCUGGACGGGAUCGGGGCCACCCCCCGGCUGAGGUCGCCUCCUCGUCUCGCUGACUCGGGAGAAAUUCUUCCCGGACGGAGGCGUCUGUUGAAAGGGAGCCGACUCAGCACCUCACCAAAGAAGUGAGCCCUUCUUUCCUUCAUCAGGGACGCAUACAAGACCAAAGCCAGAAAGGGAGAAACAGAAAGGGCAGCCUGCUAUUUUCCUCCCUCCCACCCCCCACCCCUCCACAAAGGUCUGGAACCAAGAUGACGACAGCUGCGCCACUGGGCAAUAACUCUGAGUUGGGGACAGACGUGACCGUAAAAUCUCAAGAACAAGUUCUUUAUCAGAGUUCUGGAGCCAUUGUGGCGGCCAUUGUGGUUGGUGUCAUCAUUAUAUUCACGGUGAUUCUGCUCUUGCUGAAAAUGUAUAAUCGACGCAUGAGGACACAGCGGGAGCUGGAACCCAAGAACGCGAAAGCCACCGUCCUCUCCACGUUGGGGCCGAACAGCCAUAGCACUAGCCACCCGCCAAAGGUGACUUUCAUCCCUGUGGACAUCCACACGCAGAACAGAAGGCCGUGAGGCAUGAGAACCUCAGAGAAUGACAAGCAAGGCUCGAACUCGGGCCUACAGGGUCCAUGGAGGCCUGGGAGUCGUCGACACAGGGAAAGGAAGGACCGUGAAUGGAGGCGCUACUGGUGAUCUGCUUUCUGUGGCCAGCUAGCCACAUUUCUCUUCCUUCCUUCCUUCUUUCCUUCCUUCCUUCCUUCGGCUGUUUUUUUAAAGAAGGGGAAGACUGCAGGCCUCAGUAUGGUUGAGAUAAAGCUGGCACCCGGCUGCAAAACCCGCUUUAAGAGAGCCCUGCCCUCUUCAUGAGCACCACCGCCACCUAUUAAGAUCAUCGGGGGAGGUCCGCUUGCUGUUGCCACCGGCUCGCUUGGUGGCAACCCAAAACCGAGCCUUCUCUAGGGUUGUCCUGAGGCUCUGGAACACACUCCCAAUCGAAAUCAGGAUCUUCCUCCUCGCUGGUUGUUUUUAAACAACUUUUGAAAACACACCUGUUUGAUCAGGCUUUUGGUUUAUGAUGUGUAAAAGUGUUCAAGUUUUAUUUAUGGUAAUUUUAAUCUGUUUAUAUGAUUUUUAGGUUUUGUUCAUACCAUUGGACUGUAAAUCGCCCUGAGAUUUUAUAUAGGGCUGUAUAUAAAUGCAACAAAUAAAUGAAUAAAAUGGCA